AUGGCUUCGUCUAACGGAAAAGGCAGUGGAAAACUCACUGCAUCCAUAGACAGUUUAAAAUUGUCGAGUAAGAAUACAUCGAAGCAUGCCUCAUCGGAGUCGGUAUUGUCGAGGAAGGAUAAGGAGUGCUUGCAGAUGCAAGAGUGCAAGAAGAAGCUGCUAGCCAUAGAACCGCAGAUAAUAAUCAGAGACGAAAAUGUCGUACUACGAUCACCGCCUCAGAAGAAGAUAGUAAUGCCACCGCAGAUAAAUACAGAGGAGCUAGCUGCAGCAACACCAACGCAACGUAACUGGCGCGGUAUUUUAAUCGCGUUGCUGGUUAUAGCAGCGGUGUUGGGGCUGAUCGUGUUCAGCAUAGCGCUGCUGACUCCGGCCGGUGAUGAUGGAAGAGGCAGAGGUAGAAGACCGACCCUCGCGGAUAUAAUGACAGAACACUAUAAGCCGUUUAAUGGCACAUGGCUAUCAGACGAGGAGUUGGUCUUCCGCGAUCGUUGGGGAGGGCUGACGCUCUUCAACGUGAAGAACUUCACAACCAGAUUGCUUAUGAACAAUUCUACUUUUAGGGAGCUGAAUGCUGUCGACUUUAAAGUUUCUGCUGACUUGAAGUUCGUUCUGUUGAUAUCAGAUGUGAGACCGGGCUGGCGACACGCAAGACUGGCGAGAUACCACGUGUAUGAUGUUAUAACGAGGAACAAAAUCCCUAUUUCGCCGAUAGAGGACGACAGGUCUGCUCCGCUACUGCAGUAUGCUGAGUGGUCUCCUGUCGGCUCCGGGCUGGUCUUCGUGUAUGACAACGACAUUUACUACAAACCCAAAGUUUUGAAAGCCUUGGUUUGCAGAAUCACUAGUAACGGAGUUCCAGGAGUAAUCUUCAAUGGCGUACCAGACUUUCUAUAUGAGACGGAGGUGUUGAGACUUGACCGAGCCCUGUGGUUCAGUCCCGAUGGACAGACGCUCAUGUACGUCACCUACAAUGACACCCUGGUACAACAACACAAAUAUCCAUGGUAUGGCUUGGACCAACAGGAACCACCCGCGUACCCUGCCAUAAGGACCCUGAGAUAUCCGAAGAUGAAUACUAAUAACCCAGCAGUGACGGUUUACGUGGUCAGUCUGAAGACUCCAAAGUUUUUAUUCCCACAUGCUAUACAGUUUAACUCACCCUUCGACUCUGGCUGGUAUGUUCGCUGGACCAGUUGGAUGUCUGAGCGUCAGGUAGCUGCUCUGCUCCUCAACAGACCUCAGAAUCUAUCUAUCAUCACCACCUGCAACGCUGUUACAUACAACUGCCAGGAUAUCUAUCGCGACGAGUCUGACGCUUCGCGAUGGUCAGGUCUUGGGUCAGACCCGGAGGAGGAGUGCGGCUGGUGCGGGGGGGCGGCGCUGGUGGGGGGGAGGAGCGGCAUCUUCACCUCCAUACCUGUCACCGACCAGGGAGGAGUGUGGAGACACGCGAUACAUCUGACACAGGAGACGAGGACCACCAUCACACAGGGGAACUUCGAAAUAACACAGCUGAUCGGAUGGGAUGAGAAACGAAGACUGCUCUACGUGAUCGGCACCGCCCCUGACAAAGCCGGUGAGCGUCACCUGUACCGCGUGACGGUGCCAGUGGACGGCUGGCCUCCUCCACCCGUCUGCCUCACCUGCCCUGGACGGAUGAUUGAAGCUACCGGCGAACCCAGCACGGAAGAACCGGAAUACGACAACAGCACGUCAUCAUUACCCGCGUGGCCCACGUCCACAGUUCUACCCCACGUUGCCGACGAAAACGACUCGCUCCCCACCGCCUGCCUCUACAACAGAGUUAUAUUCAGCAAGAACUUCUCAUACUACGUUCAGGAGUGCCUCGGUCCAGAGCCCCCAGCUAUAUUCCUCUGUACGUCCGCGGGGUCCCGACGGGCCGUGCUCUGGGAUGGAGCGCCGCUCAGACAAAAGUUCGCGACCCUCGCUUCACCACAAGCGAAAGUGUUCAGAGUUGAGGUGCAAGCACAAAGAUCAGCUCGUGUGAGGUUACUUCUGCCUCCGGGUCUGCGUGAUACUGACGACCUGCCGCUACCACUAGUAUUGCAUUUGUCUUCGGCCCCAGGGUCCCAGCUGGUGACAGAGCAGUGGGCGCCUCGUUGGGGCUGGUACCUCGCCGCCGCAAGGAACUUCAUAGUCGCUGAAAUAGACGCAAGAGGAUCCGGCGGACAGGGAGAGGAGUUACGAACAGAGAUAUACCAAAAACUGCUGUCAGUAGACAUUGAAGACCAAAUAGCUGUUUUAUCCUACCUCCGUGACAACCUGAAGAUGGUGGAUGGCAGUCGUACUGGUGCGUGGGGGAGCGGGUAUGGAGCGGCCGCGGCGCUGGCCCUGGCUGCUGGGGACGCGGCCAACCUCACCAGGUGCCUGGCCCUGCUGGCGCCCCUUGCUGACUUACGACACCACAACUCGUUCUGGUCGGAGCGCUACGCGGGUGUGGGUGGUGGAGCGUCCCUAGGAGUGUGGCGUCGCGCGUCCUCGGUCCCUCCUCGGCGCGUGUUGCUCGCUCACGCCACCGCGGACGUGCGAGCUCCUCCGCCUCACGCCCUCGUUCUUGCACGAGCUCUCAUACAAGCCAGGGCCGUGUACUCUCAUCAGGUGUAUCCUGAUGAGGGUCACUCCUUCGAGCGCUCAUUCCUGCACGUGUACUCCUCCAUGGAGCAGUUCUUCGACGAGUGUUUCGGUCCCGUGGAGCUCGCGGACUGGGACAACCCCGGGGGACUGUUCCCAUUCAGGGAUUGA